CGCCGUGAUUGCAGCGAGACGAGUUGACUACAAUCACUCUUUCUAACAUCAAAGUUACACCAUUUUCCCCGUUCCUUGAGUCAUGUGAGGGAGCCUGUAAUGUCCACAGAGCAGGAUAAAGAUUCAUUCUCUCUAAAACGAAACCGAGGAGGUGACGGUGGGCUGGAUAUUUUAGGCGGUCCUGGGCUGCUGCUGGGAAGCCCAGAGAAAAAGAGACGCAAGUCGAGCACACAGGCGCCAUCCUUUUCUCCUCUGUCUGAAUAUGCGCCUCCUCCAAACCCGAGCGCGGAUCACCUAAUAGCCUCCAAUCCUUUCGAUGACAAUUACAACUCGCCGUCCCUGAAGGCACUUCCUCCUGCCAGCCCUUAUUUUGGCCACUCACAUUACCCAGUGUUUAGCGGCUAUGGGCCGCCCAGUAUUUUGUCCAGGAUGCCUUCUCCAUACGGGGCUCCCUACCAGAUGCGAAUCCAGCCUCAUCUCUUUUCCCAGAAUCCCAUGGGCUACAGCCGGGCACCGGGAUUUAACUAUGGCCACCCGGAAAACCCAAAUUACGGGAAGCUGUUUAGCGGCGGCGGCAACAGCGUCAUGCACUUCAGACCAAAUCCAGGAGAGCACAUCAGUCUUCAAAAUCUGAACCAAAUCGCUAGUCCAGGUGGUCUGGUUUUCAGUCCAGAGGGAAAUCCAGCCCGGGAUUUGAGCCCGAAUCAACAGAAUAACUUCACGCAGUCCAGCACGCCAACGCCUAAACAGGUCCCGAGUGAAGCCAUGAACAAAAGCACCACGCAAAACCAGAACUGUGAAGAAAACAAGACUCAGGACGACGCAACAGAGCUGAAGACAAAGAGCGGAGCGGAAAAACUCAACGGCGUCCUUCACGGCAACAACGAAGCCUUAAAGAAGUCGCCACGACCCGCAGGCAAUAACGGUGCUUUGACCAAUAAUAAAGCUCUGAACAGAAGGAGCACGUCCUCCUCGUCCGAGCCGGUCUACCCAUGCGGCAUAUGCCUGAGCGAGGUGAACGAUGACCAAGAGGCCAUUCUGUGCGAGGCCUCGUGUCAGAAGUGGUUCCACAGAGUUUGCACUGGAAUGACCGAGACGGCGUACAAUCUGCUAACAGCCGAGACGUCUGCGGUUUGGGGUUGUGAUGCUUGCAUGGAGGACAAAGGAGCGCAGCUGCUCAAAACACGAGAGAGAGAUUCCGGUCCCGGCGACGGACAAUCAUGAGCGUGACCGACAGUGAGAGUCACUGAAGUCAAAGUCCCUACUUUGAUUGAGUUCCAAAGUUUUGCCGGCUCCUUUUGUUUCGACUCACCCAGAAUGCUUUUAUAGUGUUGAAAAUGUAUUUACUUUUUUUCAGUGAGUCAGAGAAAGGAGAAAGCCUUUAGGGGUUUGGAACAACGUCAGGGUGAGUAAGUGAUUAGAAAUCAUUUUUUGAAUGCACACUACUUUUGAGAAGUUUGGAGUCGGUAAGAUUUUUACAUUUUUUA